CGAGAUAAAAAACAGAUUAGGAAGCUCACAAAGUCAUUAGACGGUGGACUAGCGCCAAAUACUCUUCUUAUACAAGGCAGAAACUGAACAAUCAUGGCUCGUGUCGAAAACAACGAGAAGAACUCCGCAGAAUGUCGUCCGUCACAAACCAAAACAACAUCUUCGCACUCAUUUUCCAUACAAGAUAUCCUUGGCUUGGAUAAGACACGGGAGAAACCUGACUUAUACUCGAGCGAAAACAGCUACUUCAGUUCAAGCACAGAUACUGUUAUAAAGAUCGAACCUGGAAGUCCAACUACGACACAUUUAGGUAUACUAUAUUAUAUCAUUUCAUCAAUUUCACAUUAAUUUUAUUCUUUAGUAGAUUGUAUUGGUCAAAUUUAACCUAAGGAUACAUAUAGCUGAACAACUGCACAAGUAGAUUGUGCUGCAUAUAUACAAAGUUAGAGAUCUUCCCUUGAAAAGAUCGAUGACCUCAAUAUGAAUACUAUGUUUUAAGAUGACAUUAUUGCAUUGAUUAGGUAUUUUCUUCCUAUACACUUAAUGGUUUACAAUGUCACUAAUGUAUAUAAGAUCAUAUUGAUAUAUACAUGAGGUUUUGUAUAUUUAGCUCACUUAUCAAAGGAAAAUGCACGAUAUUUUAUAUCAUGUCCCCAUACUACUUAACAUUAUGAGUAUUUCGACAGACAUCAUACAGUUUCAGAAAGAGGCGAACUCGUGUAAUUGGAGAUCACAAUGAAAUGAAGUUACUUGUCUUGUUUUAUAUGUUUGCUCUUCUGCGACACUUCGUUCAUAAAGAACGCUUUAAAUAUACUAAUUUAAAAUAAUUUAUUACUUCUUUUAAAAACCUUUCCAAAAUGCCGUACUUUGAAUGGUACGAAGAAUUGACUUUAGAAAUAUUCACCAUUUUUUUAUCAUGCUUCACUCGCAUUAAAACUGAGUUGUAUUCUUACGUAUACGUGUGGUGCUGUACCAACGAUGUCAAAAUGACGAAAAAUAAUAAAACAUUGAAAUUUGCGUGAGAAUCGAUUUCAGAGUAGCUAUAUGAUAUGCACCUGCGGAAAUUUUCCGCUUCUUCCUUACUUGGAAAAUAACUUCCGAUGCAAAUCUUCUGCACGAUUGUUACUAUAUAUAGGGAGUUGUGUGUGUUACAUCGAAACAUGCACCUUAUUAUACCAUGAACUAUAUUCCCUUUUUUACGAUCACUUGGAAAAGUACAUUUUAUAUAAAUUUUGUAUUCAAGACUCAUGUAGCUUUAUUAAAUAGCUAUAGCUAUAUACUCUACUUUCUCAGUACAGCUCAGUACUAUCCCGAGAAUAGAAAUCACAAACAUUAUAAUUAACGAUUCCGGUUUGCUGUUGUAGUGACCCACUCUUGCACAAUUGUCUCUGCUACAAGAUAGAACUGUUUUAUGACUUUUUAAAGUCUAUUUUAUCUAAAGAUCUUUCCUUUCUUAUUCACUCUAGACUGGAGUUCAACUCAUUUUGCAAGUUUCAUGCAGCUAGAUCGCAUGAAUCCGACAUAUUUCUCAGAAAAACUUCCUCCACCAACAAGUUCUACCAAGAAACAAAAGAAACGUCGACAUCGAACAAUUUUCACUAGCCAACAGUUGGAGGAACUGGAGAAUGCUUUUAAAGAAAGUCAUUACCCAGAUGUGUACGCUAGAGAAGCUCUUUCCAACAAGACAAGCCUGAGUGAAGACAGGAUACAGGUACAGUGGAUCUUCUUUUAAGGGAAGCUUUGAGCUAUGCUGAAAUACCGAAUCGUUUUACUUUUUAUGCCCAUUUCCCAUAUCUUUUUUGCAUGAUUUCAUUAAAAUUUUGUGGUUGUAUUAUAUGUGUGAAAAACCAAGAUGUUUGAGUAUCUACAUAUUGUGUAGAUAAACUGCGUGUUUUAUGUGGACCGAAACGUAGUUGAGAUUAGUUGCUUGCUCGCAUACAGCCGGAUGGUUGCUUCCCAAUCGAGCCUCUUAUAACUCUUUCAAAUAACUGGAUAUACUCUAAUAUACAUAUUGUAUACAUCAAUUGCUCCCCUCAAUAGACUAUAAUUUAUUAACCAGACUUAGACAUACAGUCCUCGGAAUAUAUAGUUAUAGGGAAAUUGAAUUGAGCACAAGAAACGGAUAAAAGCAUUCCAAAAUUAACGCUAUCAUUUUUACAUGAAGAACAUUUUUUAUCUCAUUUUAUUACUACAUGCAGUGCCGUGUCAAUACUUCCUAUUCAACAUUUCUUUAUAUAUUUAUGAAUACAGCUACUUUGCAACUUUACUUUUAAUAAAAACAAGGAAAAUUUGUAAUUUUGAAAGAUAACGGUUAACAAAAUGACUUCCAAUUAAGGAUUAACUACCCUUAGCGUUGACAAACAACGGUACAUUUUCUAUUUAAUUGCCAGUCUUGGAACGACGAAGUAGUCUAGUAGAAGACCUGCACCUGCGUUUCCACAUUCAAAUAGCUUAUUACAUGAAAUUCUAGAUUUUUCAACAUGCACUUCAAGAAAACAUUUUUUGAUGUUUUAACAUGCUAUAUAUAACUGAGGUAGAUGUAAUAACUAAAAUUGAUCGAGUAAUAUAAUAUUUAGUUGUGUUCAUUAAGUGUAAGCUUGCUCGGGUAAUUUAUCUUCAAUGUCUUUAAUUAAAGUUUAUGCCAAAUUGAUGUCGUUACAUGCAGGUGCUACUCAAUGCAAUAAUUUGCAUCAUUUAAUAUAAUACAGAGACAGAGUUCGCAUAAAAUAUAUAAUCAAUGAACGAUUUGAAUUAUGUUUUAUUCUGAAGUUUCUCAGUAAAAGGAAGACUGAACGUGAAGAUCUAUGACCCAUUUUAUGUAGUGUAGCCAUUGUAUAUAAAUAUAAUCUUCAUUUAAGCACAGUUUUAAUGCUCUAUUUAUAAACUGAAGGUGUUUUCCUUCAUGCAAACGAGGUAGCAUCUCAAAGACUUGAACUAUACUGAACUCAUCAGGGAAAUAAAAUGAGCAGCACUAGCAGCCACGCAUCAGAAGGCUUAUUGCACAAGUCAAUAUCUUAACCAAAAUAAUUUUUAAAAAUAAACACAUAUCCUGUUUUCCAGCAAGUUUGCACUUUAGGGAAAAAAUUCAAUGAGCGUACAUCAAGGAGUUGUUCUAGAAUGUUUGGUUUGUUACCUAAUUUCCCUCGAGUUCUUUUUAAAGUAUAGCAUCUUAUAGUAAGUUGUUCUUCUAAUAUUUUAUAGAUCACAUGCUGUUCUACAUGUUGGUAUAGUCGUAUAGAAACUUUCACAUAUGAUUUCACAUGUGAAAAUGCUUUUUCACAAGUGAAGUGUUCCAAUUCCGUUUGUAUAGUACGUUAAUUGCAUGUUCUUGCAAUCGAUCAUGAGAUAAGUUGGGGUAGCGUUUUUUUGGUCCAAAGGACUUGAUUAUUAUCACAUGAUUUACGUUUUUGGCAAAUUUUUCAGUAUAUAUGUGGUCUAAAUAUUUCAUUCUAAACUGAAAGUAUGAUCAUAUAAUUUCAAUUUUAAGUAUCACGUAAUAUGAUUUAAAUAAUUAUUUCCGCAAGUUCAUAACUUGGAGAAAGAGAAUAUGAAAGUUAGGUGCUAAAAAUAACAGCUUAUAUUUUCAUAAAAUGUUUAUUAGCUGUGAUAAUACUGACUGAGGCGUUUGCAACCGCUGACAAGCUGCUAAGAAAGCGUCCACAGGGUGAUCAAAUAUAAAUAUUAAUAUUAAAAAUUAUAAAUUGGCGUGAAUUAGAUGUGCAUGACUGCUUUUGUGUAACCGCGAUUCUUAUAUGUAGCCUACUUAUAUCAAAGAUUCCGUAUAGAUUGUUUCUUAACUAUACCUGAAAAAGAUUAAAAACACUCUCGACAUACUUCUAACAAUGAUCUGCGUCAGAACUAAAGGCAAAGGUUAUAGUGAGGUGCUAUACCAAUACUAUCAAAACACUAGCAGUAUAUCCCUAUAGCCUACGUUUGAAAUAUUGGGAACGUACCAACAUGCGGGCAAUAUUCGAAUCAUUGACGGACACUAUGAUGGCUGAAUAACUGUGUAACAAAGCUGGGUUAUUUUAGUAUGAAAGCAUUGGUAGGCUUUAAACAUAAGCAAAUUAAAUUUAUGGCAAGAAAAUUUUAAAAUCUGAUAUUUUCAACAGCGAAAGGGUGCCGUGGUGGUACUAUACUGCUCUCCACCCAAAUCGAAAAUUCGUUUCUGAGCAUGACGUAAUUAUAAUAUGGUACUUGCAUGCCUAGAUAACAUGACAUGCAUGGCUCUAUAUGCCGAAGUUGCAUUUCAAGUUGCUGAAAUAUUACACCGUCUAUAACAUCGCCUUCAUUAUCUUAUCUUAUCUCAUCUUUAUGAAAAAAUAAUUACCAUGCACACAACAGGCAAAAACACCUUUUACGCAACACACCACUGCUGCAGAAAACAAACACGAUUUGUUUAUUUCAAGGUUUGGUUUCAAAAUCGUCGUGCAAAAUGGCGUAAGAAGGAGAAAGUUUGGGGCAAUACAUCAAUCAUGGCGGAAUAUGGUCUGUAUGGUGCGAUGGUACGACAUUCCUUACCACUACCACCACACCUAGCUGAUGCAACCUCCGCUAGGUGGCUGCUGGGAAUGUACAAGAAAGCUGGACACGCAGAGAAGUCUGGGAAAGAUGAAAAUAAUGACGAUGAAGCAAGGAAUCUGAGUAUUGCUAACCUACGGCUGAAAGCUGAAGUACAUAGUAAAAACUUAGAAAGUGAGAAGACUUCUGAAGACAGUAAAAUGCAAAAUGACGAUGUACCGUCUUGAUGAAAUUUAACUUGUAAAAGCAAGUGAUUUUCGCCAUGCCGCGUAUAUUUUGGCGAAAGAUGUUUCACAAGAAACCUUAUAGUGCAUGCUACUGAAACUUUCAGUAAAAAUAUUAUUGUUUUUCGCAAAAAAUAUUCCCUUUAAAUGUAGAUACAAUUUAAUGAGGUGAAAUGUGGG